GGUGUCGUAAUGAGCGCUUCUUUGUGCCUUCUAGCCCCGCUGCGGCUCCCAUGGAUCUAGAAACCUCAGAAUUUCGCGCAACAAUACUAACUGUGACAACGUGGAAGUCAGAUCCAAUUAAAUAAUUCCUAAUUAUAUGGUGGAAGUGAGUUACGUGUGCCAGUGGCUCUUGAAAAGUAGCCUAUUUAAAAGUGGUAAAUCUGAGGAUGAGUUGAACACCCACGUUUUCAAAUGCAUCAGAAGGCCCUGGCCUAAUAAAAGUGUAACUUCCCAUCUAUAAAUCUAUUGUAGUUAUUAAGGCCUACAAUUACCUGAGCAAAUAUAUUUUUUUAGGCCUAUGCCAUUGAGGUGGAUGAUUUUAUUGCACAUUGUUUCAAACGUUUGCUUUCUAGUGCGAGUGUCCAAUAGGAUAGGCAGGCCGACUGGGCUCAACUAAGAUUAGGAUUAGGGAGAGAUAAUUGAGGAGACCAUGUGUCACUAACGAACGACACACAUUUGAACAACCUCAAUGCUAUUUAGGAAAUUAUGCAGUUUAUUUGAAUAACAGAAAAUUAUUAUAACAAUAUUUUUUCUUCAUCUACCAUGCAUAGAGGCCGGUGCGCACUUGUUUCAUUCACAUACUGGUUGGGGAUUAUACCUAUAGAUAGAGGUAGGGCUACUAUAACACCGUCCCUCUGGAGAGCCCUCCAAAUCCUGCAUUUUGAUUGGUCGGAGUCAUCAUCGGAAGGCCUCCAUGUGUGAGUUGUCUGAUGUAAAUGCGCCCUGCCCCUCUCCCCAUGCACUAAAGCGGCACCGGAAUAGGCUACCAUACGAAAAAAGGCGCUUUAUGAGAGCGAAUAAUACAGAUAGCCAACAACAUUUUAAAAGGGCUUUUUAUAAACGGUAUGAAUAGUUGUUGUAUUAUCUACUUAGUGAAUGUUGGCUCUGCCCUAUUUUGCGUAAACGUACUUCCUGACUACAGGGUAUAGCGAUAAGCAACGUCGGCCCAGCAUCAUGGUGGCUGGCGAGUUGGUACAGCAACAUCUGCAGCGUGACAACGCACCUGAAAUAGACAUCAAGACGCGGGUGCAUAGCGGAGCAGUCCCAACCGGGGAUCAGUACUCCGAUCUAACGAAUGGAGCGGCACAUCUGACAGAACUGGACUCGAAGGCGUUGGAACAGGAGAUACAUCCAGAUGAGAAACAGGCUAUGCUUCCUGGAGAGGAAAAAUGUCUCGAAACUAAGCUCUAUUGGAGAAGAUUCGCCGUUUUAGCUGUGUUCAGCCUCUACUCCCUCGUCAACGCAUUUCAAUGGAUCCAGUACAGCAUCAUCGCCAACAUUUUCGCCCACUUCUACAAUGUAUCCAGCGACAAGAUCGAUUGGCUGUCAAUUGUAUACAUGGUGGCGUAUGUGCCGUUGAUCUUCCCCGCAACAUGGUUACUGGAUAAAAAAGGACUGAAAUUGACAGCCCUUAUGGGCGCGGGUUUGAACUGCGUCGGUGCGUGGGUGAAGUGCGCCAGCGUCCGGCCCGAUCUUUUCGGUGUAACAGUGACUGCACAGAUAAUAUGUUCCAUAGCCCAAGUCUUCAUCCUCGGGCUACCCUCUAUGAUUGCAUCAGUGUGGUUUGGCCCGAAGGAGGUGUCUACCGCAUGUGCCACAGCCGUGCUGGGUAACCAGCUGGGCACUGCUAUUGGCUUCCUGCUUCCCCCUGUCCUGGUCCCCAACACUGUGGAAGACAUAAAGCUGAUGGGACACAACAUCAGCAUUAUGUUUUAUGGGACGGCUGUAGUCUCCACUGUUCUGUUCAUCUUGACUGUAAUUGUCAUGAAAGACAGACCCCCACUACCUCCCAGCCAAGCUCAGGCUGUCCUACCUGACUGUGCUCCUGAAGACUACUCCUACAGACGGUCCAUCAUCAACCUGUUCAAGAACAAACCUUUCAUCCUACUGCUCAUCAGUUAUGGUAUCAUGACUGGUUCUUUCUACUCUGUAUCAACACUUCUCAAUCAGAUGAUUAUGGCUUGUUAUGAGAACCAGGAGCUGAAUGCAGGCAGGAUUGGUCUCACCCUUGUGGUGGCUGGAAUGGUGGGCUCCAUCAUCUGUGGACUGUGGCUGGAUCACACCAAAACCUACAAAAUGACCACUCUGACAGUGUACAUCCUGUCCUUCAUUGGUAUGGUGCUGUUCAGCUUCACUCUGAACCUCAACAGUAUCUACCUGGUGUUCUUCACUGCUGGGGUGCUGGGGUUCUUCAUGACUGGUUACCUGCCGCUUGGCUUUGAAUUUGGGGUUGAAAUAACAUAUCCUGAAUCGGAAGGGACAUCCUCUGGUCUCCUUAAUGCUUUUGCACAGAUCUUUGGGAUUAUUUUCACUUUGAUCCAGGGGAGACUGACAACAGAAUACAACCCCCUGGCUGGGAACCUGUUCCUCUGUGUCUGGAUCUUCCUGGGCAUCUUUCUCACAGCCUUAAUAAAAUCAGAACUGAAAAGAAACAACGUCAACAUGGGCAUUGACAGCAAAACUCUUCAAGCAGUCCCUACUAAGUGCCUAUCAGACAAGCCAACCAAUGGCGUCAAGAUGGAAACUUCAGUCAGCUUUUCCCAUGAGACCUCACUGUAACCCAAAUAGGUCGCUCAUCACUCUACUGAACAUUUCAGAGGCCUACAACGCAUUCAACAAAGUUUCCUGAGGUUACUUGAAAUCUCCCUUUUCUCUGGAUUGUAUCUUGUAAUGUGUUAUUAUGAUAAUGUUUUUACUGUAGUGGUUUUAGCUGAGCGAUGAUUUGUUUACAGACAGGUAAACUAUAAGCACUCAAAUACACCUUUCAGACUUCCCAUUGUCCCCUGCUUCUUGUGCUUGAUGAUCCACUACUGUCUCUACAAUCACCAUCAUCUCUGGUUCAUAAAGUGGUGCUUAUUUAAACAUAUUUAUGGCAUUAUACAGAACCACACAGGAGCAUAGAAUGUAGGAUCUCUGACCUGCCUUGGCCUGUGAAGAAAAACAUUGUUACUUCUUGUCUUGAGAUUUCAGCCAUUUAUACAAAUAUGGACCAAAUAUGACACACAAGGUUCACAGGGCAUAUGGCAAAUGUGCAUCAUGCACAAUAUACUUUUCAGUAUAUUACUUACAUGCAUGCUUUUGAAAAUGUUAAAACAUUGAUAAGUUUGUUGAAUACAUGGCACAGAUAAUUGUUCUGCCGAGAUAGGUAGCUAAUGGUAUAGCAACGCCAUCUAGAGGGAUAUUGUGGAAAUACUAAGAAUGCUGUGUGGAUGAUGAAGCACAAACAGGAGUCAUAAUGACUGCAGCAUCACAAUUCAAACAUCUCCAAAUCUUCACCAGGGCUUAUAUAGCUCACCCUGUGUCUUUAAGGACUAUGCACAGUAGCCAUCUCCCAGCACAUUUCUGAACCACUAUAUUGGCUCUUGUAUUUCCCUCGUUUUAACAGGAAUAAUUCCUCUCAUCCAAGCAUUAAUCAGAAGAUCCAAUCCAUAGGCGUUUAUAUGUUAUCAUGCUUCCUGCAGGAUAUGUCACAAUUAGUGCUUAUAAUUAUUAAUAUUUGAAUGUCAGAGCGAAUGUUAUUAUUUAGCUUCUUAUGACUGUAGAAAAAAUAUUUAUUUGGUUGACAGAUGAGAUGUUUCCCUCUCUUUUCUAGCAUUUUACUUAGUUCUGAAUAAUGAAGAAGUAACAUUUCUAUAUGGACAGUCAUAACAUUUCAUUGCUUUUUUCUAAUUUUGAUAAUUAACUUAUUACAUUUUAUAUAGCAAUGUAGUUAUGUCGCAAUUAUUUAUGUAUCUUACUUAAAAUGUAUUCCAUUUACCAAGCACUUGAUAUUUCAAAGACCACUGAAAUGAAUCAUGUUAUUAAAUGUAAUCAUUGCAUAGACACUCAUUUUUAUUUGUCCCCAAUUAAGAAUGAGUACAUCCAAACUGAACUAAUUAUAUACAGUAUGUACACUACAUGGCCAAAGGUAUGUAGACACCUGCUCGUCGAACAUCUCAUUACAAAAUCA